AUGCCAGGAAAUAAUUUCUUGUCAAAUCCUCCAAGUUUCACCGGUGAAAAUUACCAAAUCUGGGCUGUCAAAAUGAAAUCCUAUUUGGAUGCUAAUGAUCUUUGGGAUGUGGUAGAGAUAGAUCCUGUUCCUGAAUUGCCGGAAGAUCCAACUAUUGCAGAGAUGAGAGCCCAUAGAGAUGCAGUCAAAAGGAGAUCAAAAGCCAUGACUUGCAUUCAUUCAGCAGUUUCCGAUGCAGUAUUCACAAAAAUUAUGACUUGUGAAACUGCAAAAGAAGCUUGGGAUGCUCUCAAAGUGGCUUUUCAAGGCAAUGACAGAACAAAACAGAUGCAAGUUUUGAACUUUAGGAGAGAAUUUGAACUCCUUAGGAUGAAAGACAAAGAAAACAUUAAAGAGUAUUCUGACAGACUCUUAAAUGUUGUGAACAAAAUCAGAUUGAUUGGAGAACAACUUCCAAAUAGCAGAGUUGUGGAGAAAGUCUUGGUGAGUUUACCAGAAAGGUUUGAAGCCAAGAUUUUCUCUCUUGAAAAUUCAAGAGAUCUCUCUCGAAUGACCUUGCCAGAAUUGAUCAAUGCUUUAGAGGCAUAA